AUGGGUGUGUUUGUAAAUAAAAAGUUAGAGAUCAACACUCGUUUUGGACCAUACAGAGGAGAGAAAGUUUUGCUUGAUGAUUUAGAGGAAGGAAGAGAUACUUCGUACAUGUGGGAGAUUCUACAAGAAGGAAAGAUUCAAUAUUAUAUUGAUGGUAAAGAUCCAACUCAAGGCAACUGGAUGAGAUUUGUGAAUUGUGCACGAUGUGAAGAUGAACAAAAUAUAAUUGCAUAUCAACAUCACGGUGAAAUUUACUAUCGAGUUUAUAAAGAGAUUGAGGCAGAUAAAGAGCUGCUUGUUUGGUAUGGAGAUGAAUUUGCUGAACAACUGGGAGUAUCAUUGUUUGACGAGGAAGACGACGAGAAACAUUUUGAAGUUGGAGGUCACAGCUGCAGACAUUGUGGAAGGAUGUUUACUUAUCUUAAUUUCUUAGAGAAACAUUUAAAAAGAUGUCCACUGCUUCUUGGUGACAUGAAUAGACACGUUAGAAUUCAUACUGGAGAAAAACCUUAUAAAUGUGAACAUUGUGUGCUUGGUUCCUUGAAUCAACACGUUAGAAUUCAUACUGGAGAAAAACCUUAUAAAUGUGAACAUUGUGGUAAAACAUUUACAGUGCUUGGUUCCUUGAAUCAACACGUUAGAAUUCAUACUGGAGAAAAACCUUAUCAAUGUGAACAUUGUGGUAAAACAUUUACAGUGCUUGGUUCCUUGAAUCAACACGUUAGAAUUCAUACUGGAGAAAAACCUUAUCAAUGUGAAAAUUGUGGUAAAACAUUUACACAUCUUCAUCACUUGACUCAACACGUUAGAAUUCAUACUGGAGAAAAACCUUAUCAAUGUGAACAUUGUGUGGAAUCAAAUCAUGAACGGCUGUGA